AUGGGGCAGGAUGGGGCGCUUAAAACUCAACUCAUGACAUGGUGCAGGAAACAGAGAAUUAAUCAAAUGGCGUUGGAUGUUUGCGGCAGGUUAAGGUCAUUUGACCUUAACCAAGAACCUGAGUGUGACCGAGACACAUUCAUUGAAGAAAGCGGUGGUUCAAUAGGAGGACACGAAGAUGAGGAGGCAGAUGAAUUGGUGGGCGCAAUAGGCGUGGAUGACGUAAUGAAAUUAACAUUUGACACGGAAGAAGAAGCUGGGGAAUUCUAUAAUUUGUAUGCGAAACUAAGCGGAUUUGGGAUUCGUAAAAGUAAUGCCAAACGAGAUGCAGAUGGCAUUUCAAGAUUUAGAAAAUGGGUAUGUUGCUGUGAAGGUUACAGGAAUGAAAAGUGGUAUAAUUAUGAAGACCGGAAAAGAGAAGCAAAACCAAUCACAAGAACCGGGUGUGGGGCUUGCUUUCGCGUGAAAUAUGACAUAGAAUCGGUAAAGUAUGUGGUGACACGUUUCAUUAUGGAGCACAAUCACCCGCUGGCAUCAGAGGCAAGUGUGCAACACAUUAGGUCGCAUAGAAAAGUGAGCGAUGCAGAAUAUGCGCAGGCAAAAAGUCUAAAGUUGGUUGGGGCCAGAAUAUGCCAGAUAAUGAAACAUUUUGUUAUCAAAGCCGGAGGGUAUAGUAACGUGGGAUUUUGCAUUAAGGAUUUGUAUAACCGAAUGGACGAGGAACGUAGAAAAGAUAUUUUUAAUGGCGAUGCAGAAGGGGCACUUGGGUUCUUGGCAGCGAAGAAGGAUGCCGAUGACAUUGUAUUUGGAGAUGUAUUGGUGUUUGAUACAACAUACAAAACAAAUAAAUACCACAAGCCACUAGUUGUACUUGCAGGGGUAAACAACCAUUUGAACAGUACUAUUUUUGGCUGUGCACUGCUAUCAGAUGAGAGGAUUGAAACAUAUGAAUGGGUGCUAAGUACAUUUGUAGAGGCUAUGAAAGGUAGAAAGCCAGUAGCAGUGAUGACAGAUGGGGACAGUGCAAUACGAAGAGCCAUAAAGAAUCUUCUCCCGGAUGCUUGUCACAGGCUAUGUUCGUGGCACUUGCAUAGAAAUGCACGGAGUAAUAUUCGCUGCGAGGAGUUUAAUAACAGGUUCUAUAACCUGAUGGCGAGAAAGUGUAGCACUCUUGAGUUUGAGGAUCGGUGGGCUAGGUUGGUUAAUGAAUGUGGGGUGGUAGAGAAUGAGUGGGUGAAGAAGUUGUACCGUAGGAGAAGGUUAUGGGCAGAGGCCUAUUUACGCGAUCAUUUUUUUGCAGGUAUGAGAAGUACUCAAAGGUGUGAGAAAAUGAAUGCUUUUUUGAAUGAGUACUUGAAUGAAAAAAUGCGACUAUAUGAAUUCGUUAGAAGUUUUGAUUUGGCAAUAGCAUGGCUUCGACAUACUGAGAGCAAAGCAGUUUACACAAGCGAAAACAUAAAACCAGUCUUAACCACAAUCCUGCCCGAAUUAGAGGGGAGCGCAGCGGAGGUGUUUACAAGGAAUGUGUUCUUCAUGGUGAGGAAGCAUUUGAACAGGCAAGAACUUCUAAUUUCUGAGGGCUGGAGCGAGGAUGGAGGGAGUCGUACAUAUUAUUACUCGAAAUAUGGUGGACACGAAAUAAGUUGGAGGGUGGAUUAUGAUAGGUCAAUGGAGAAACUAAUCUGCUCUUGCAUGAAAUUCGAGUCAAAGGGGAUUCCUUGUGCUCACAUGUUUCGCGUGAUGGUGGUAGAAGGAAUGAACAGGAUCCCAGAAGCAUGCAUUUCGAAGCGGUGGACAAAGGGAGUUCACUGUACUAAUAAUGGAAUGAAAGCAUUUGUUGCAGACGAACAGCUGACACAAAUGGCCAGAUAUGACACUUUAAAGUCCAGCUGUAAUACUAUGUGUUACUAUGCCUCCUACAUGGAUGAUGCGUUUAAUGACCUGCAACAGAUGUUUGACAAGCAUUCUGUGGAUCUAAAGGAGAAGUGGAUUGAUAGGGGAUAUGGGGGAGAUGGAUUUGCAAUGGAUUCAAGAGUGAGGAACGAUAGAAGUAGAAGAACAUUCGGGCUGUUAGAUCCCAGGGUGUCCCGGUCUAAAGGUGAUCACAAGCAUGCAGAAGCAAAGAAGAAAAGAAAGUGUGGUCAUUGCAGGUGUGAAAUGCAGAGGUUGAAAGAGAUGGUAUGGUUGUGCAUGGAAGUAGCAGCCGUGACGACAGACAGGUUACAGAGCAACACCGGCUUAGGGAUUGUGUUUUGUUAUGUAUCGGUGGGGUGA